AUGGGGAAGUGGCGCGGACACCGAGAUGAGGCGGAGGCCCGGCCAGAGCGGCUCGGCGCGGGUGGGCGGGAAGGGGGCGGUGCCCCGGGGCGGAGCCACCGGAGCGGCGCGGGUUCUCAGGUGAGCGCUCUGUGGCCGGGGCGGGCCGGCCGGCGCCUGGAGAUCCGGCACCGGAUCCUCGCGGACUCUGCGGGCGUAGGAGGGACGUCCGAAGGAGGCGCGGGGACCUGGUUAGGGUCCGGCCGUCGGAACCCCGGCCUCAAGCGGGAAGGGGCUCCGGAGCUGCGGGUGAGUGGACCUGUCCGCCGGGGCCGGAGUUGGGGAUCUGGAGGAGAGGGCCAGGGCCCCGGUUCGAAUCCUGGCCCCACCCCCAACCUGCUGUGUGACCUUAGACUAGUCUCUGUCCGUCUCUGA